GCUGGGAUCAGCUUGACCGUGUUCAUGCUUUACAAAUGACAGUUUCGCUUUGAUUCCAUGUGUAUAACUAUAAUGUAUGUCAGUAGGGUACAUGCUAUUUUCAUCUGCAUGUUUAUUUGAUUACAUUAGAUUAAAACGGGAGUGUAACGGCUUAGUGAAAGUAGAUAAUUACUUCAGUAGCGUUUCCACCGUCAGAAUAAUAAACGUAGAUGUGUUGUGAUUAAUUUUAUUGCUAAAUAAUAAAAUAGAUAAGUUGUAGAUUGGCCCUUAAUCGGUCGCAACGUUAAUGCGUACAUUUAAACGCCAUUUUAAUACUGAACACAAGCUAAAGCUACUGCUGGAUUAAACGCUGUUUCGUUAAUCAGUUAAAAUGUGUUAAACAGCGACCCUUCCGGGACUAAAUAGGUAAUCCAGCGUUUAAUCGAGAGUUUACAGGCUAUUUGUUUUUUGUUUGUUAUUUAGCUUGUUAAUAGAUGCUAAAUCUAACCCGGUUAACGUGACUCAUGAACACAGACAUUGACCACAUCGGUGGUCAUCUAAACUAGUACAUCGGUAAAGGUGGAUCAAUACUCGGGUUUGGUAUGAUCUAAAGCAAUGACCUCUCAGAAGAAGAUGAAGAAAAGAAAGCAGCUGAAUGCUCUCAUUGGUUUGAGUGACAGCAGCAGGAAGGAGAGCAAACAGACGUGUGGACAUAAAUUACUGCGAACCGAACCACCCAACUCCGAAUCCGAAUCGAGUUCAGAGGAGCCGGACUUCAGCAGCGGCAGAACCGGACUGUUCGAAAAGAGUUCAGUGCAGUGCUGCUCCCUGUGUUACCCACUCUGUGUGUUCAUCAUUCUGGCGGCAUGUGUCAUGGCCUGCGCAGGGCUCAUAUGGAUGCAGAUCGCCCUCAAAGAAGACCUGGACUCCAUGAAAGAGAAGAUCUGCAUUAUGGAAACCAGUCAAAAACUGUCAUCACACGAGAUUGUGAAACUCAGUGAAGAUCUGAAGGCCAAACAGAGAAACCUGGAUGAUGUUGAAAGUGGUGACAAUGGCCUGGCUAAAUUAUGGUCCAAUCUAACCGAAAUCAAACUAAAGCUCAGUACAAUUGAUUCUGCUGUCAAUUACUUGAAAGCGAACAUAAAAUCAGCAUCAGAUCUUAUCGCUCUUCCAAGAACAGUCGAGGAACUCCAAAAGAGUGUGGCCACUAUCGGUAGCACUGUCACCAGUGUCCAGCACGACGUCUCAAUGAUACAGUCUGCUGUGAAAGAGAAAAGAAAAGGAGAUCAACAAAAAGAAAGCACGGAAAUCCAGUAUCUUCAGGAGGGCUUGAAUGAAUUGAACAGCUCUCAAGUUCUUCAUCAGUCCUGGUCCAAUGAGCAGCUCCAGAGCAUUCAUUUUGUGCUGUCCAACCUCAGCAGAUGGGUGUCUUCUCUAGAACAGAGCUCUGCUAGCGCCACUGCUGCUCCUCAUAAAGAACAUCAGGCUGAUGAAGAACUGGUUAAUACUGGUUCAUCACCAUCUCGCCAUCCCAGAUUUCUGUCUCAGAAACGUUUUAAACGAGGGCAGUCCACUCUGAAGAAAGUGGUGUUUCCUGGGGUUAACUCUGUCAAAGAUCUAGAGAAGGUCCUCUAUCAAGCUCUGCAGGGUCAUUUGUGGCAUGGUGUGACAUAUGAGGAGUUGAGGGAAGUAUUUGGAUCAGAUACUCCAGAUUCCAGCCUUCUCCAGCUGUAUGACCGAGAUGAAGACCACAUGUACACACUGGAAGAGCUUCACGCUGCUGUUUCUGCAUGAGCUGCUCUGAGGUCAGUCCUGAACUUCAUCAUCCAUGAUGAACGAUUGAAGAGAACAUUCAUUACUGGAUGCACUGUAUUACAUCAGUGUUGACUGCUUAACUGUUUGAUUGAUCUUAUGGCACUGAGCACAAAUCCAACUGUAUACUGUAAUGCUAACAGCUAAUUGACGUUGAAAAGUGUGUGUGUGUGUGUGUGUGUGUGUGUGUGUGUGUGUGUGUGUGUGUGUGUGUGUGUGUGUGUGUGUGUGUGUCAGUUUCAUUGAAUUUGAUAACGUAGCUUGAAAUAGUUUUUGUUUUUUUUUGUUUUUAUGAAAUCUGCAACAUGCCAACAACUUUUUGCAUUUGUUUAGAUUUAUUACACAAAAUUAAGCCUUUUUUCUUAGAACCAUUAAGAUUAUUUUUGUGACAAUUUAAGCACAUUUUCCAACCCAUAAUUAGUGUUAUGCAAGAAAAACAAAUAUCAGUGUAAAGUAUUAUAGUACACAGGAGAAAGAAAUCCUUGUAUUAAAGUGUAAUAGAGUAACAAAAUACUGUAUUACAAUAAUGAGAAUCUCCAUUGAGAAUAAAAAAACAAACUUGAAUGUGCUUAGUUGUCAUGAAAUUAGUCACAAUGCAAAUGUUUUUAAUGUUCCUAGAAUAGGCUUAAUCUUCUUUCUGCAAAAAAUAUAAUUCUGUAUUCUUUUCCAUAUGCCUUGAUAUUGAUUUCAGUGUGAAAUGUGUCAAUUUGUUUGUGACAUUCACCCAUAUAUAUAUAUAUAUAUAUAUAUAUAUAUAUAUAUAUAUAUAUAUAUAUAGCCAUAUUCCUAUUACAAUUAUUAUGUGAUUUAGAACUGAGGGCAAAUGAACAUUAUUUAAUCAUCGUCAGAUCAAGCAAUAAUACAGUAUAAUCCCUUAAUUGCUUUUAGUAGAUAUAUCUGAUAUUUAUAUGAUUAUAUAACAAUGCAAUUGGCUACUUGUCAUUUAGCAGAUGUUUUUAUUUUAAUCCAAAAUAACUUGCAGUUCAUUUGAGAGGUUAUUGCUUGUGCAAAGCAUUUAUUACAGAUAGUUUAAAAAAAGAGAGGGAAAUACCUUGAAUGUUCAUGUGUAUAUUUAUUUUUAAUUUAUAAAAAUGUCUCCUACACUUGGCUUUUUUUGUUGAUCUACAGAAGUGACUGUUAAAGAUUGAAGGUGUUUUUGUACAACCAUUUAAGCUAAUGUCUCUCAAAUUUUGCUGUCACAAUAAAACCUAAUAAAAGAAGUAAAUAUUGUAGAAUUUCUAAUGACGAUUAAUUUCAAGUUGUAGAAACAUACUUGAUAACAUGAAAAUAAGACUGUGUACAUUGUCAUAAUUUUUGCAUCGCAUGUUGCCUUUAACAUGAAUAAAAGCUCAAUUUAUUUAAUUUAUACCAUCUGUACUUUUAUAUUUCAGUCUUUAUGCUUUAUUUAUG